CCUGGGUGAACGUUUUCUGAGUGUAACUCAGCUAUGUGGAAUACACAACAAAUGAACAAAAGACGUCUGGAUAAACACAGCAACAACAGGAGCAGAGUGCGCUCCACUUCUCUAAGAGAUUUAAUGGUGGCAGGCAAGCACACCCCGCUCAAGGAAACCACAGUAACCACAUUACAACACAAACACAUGAACUCAAGAGCUGGCUGGAAAAAGCACUUGCCUAAAAGAAGAAUGUCACAUGAACCAAAGACACAACUACGUCAGAUUCAAACUAGGUCUGAUGUCUUGGACAGUGACUUGCGUGGUCAGGAGAGGACGCUGGCUGUGCUGCUAGAGCAGGCUUUCAGGAUCAAAGAAGAGGUGUCAGCAGGUCUGCAGUCAACCCGGGGCUCCAUCCAAGUGGAGGCACUGUCCCGCAAGUUGCUCGAGAAUCACAUAUUGACCAUUACACGGAUUGUUAAGCAGCUCAGCAUGGACAUACAGGCCCUGGAAAGACAGAUGGCUGAGCAGGACUCCAACACCUCUGGGACAACCCUGGCUGUCCGAAAUCUGGACCAGAAGAACACGGCUGGCAUUGGAGACCUGAGAGGAAGAGUAGCCAGGUGUGAUGCCGGUGUCGCCAAGCUGAGCACUGCCAUGAGCUCUUUGGAGCAGCAGCUGAUAAGACUGCAGCAAGAGGUGGCAGAGCUCAGGUCAGCUGUGGACAUGCGGCUGAAAGAGCUGGAAGUCAAGCUUUGUCAUGACUUGGGGAAACUGGAGGCCUCAUUGUCACAAAAUUCCAGGAGUCAAAAGAGAUCCAUGUCUGAUUUACAGGUGAAACAACUAGAAGACAGGAUGUCUGGUGAAAUUAAGGAAGCCAAAGAGCAAUCAGACUCACUGAGGAAGUGGACAGAACAACAGCUCACCACCUCCAUGCAGCUCUGCACACAACAGCAGAACAAAAUGCAAGAGACAUCAUCUAGAUUAGCUGACCAGCUAUGCGCACUGGAGGCUCGUGUGAAGCAGUGUGAGACCCAGCAGAACCUGGCGUGUCACAGUCAGGCUGACCAGCUGAAAGGCUCUGAAACCAAACUCAGUAAAAGAAUAACCUCAGUGGAGAGUGGCCUUCAUCAGGAGCUGCAGCUGCUCAAACAUGAAUACCAAAAAGGCUUCCGCUCUGUGCACGAUGCCAUAGAGUCCCUCAUUCAGAUAGGAGACAUCAAGUCCCGCCUAGACCAAGAGAAGUUUCAACAGGAUUUCAGACACAAAGGAAGCAAAGCGGCAGAGCUUGAUGACCCGCUGUAACAUUUUCACUGAUGAGGACCACAGGGUCGUCGUUCAGGAUUCUGAGCCCCACCACCACAGCUAAAGCCAACCUGCAUACUUUUUAUAGCCACACCUCCAUCACGCAAAUGACACUUAAAAGAUA